AUGGCAAGCCGCACAGCUUACAACGGCUCUCAACGUAAAUUAUGCAUCGCAUUUGACCUUGGAACCACAUUCUCUGGCGUAUCGUACAGGCAAGUCGUCCUCGACCCCGGGAACAUCCCAGAAAUCAUAGGUGUCACAAGAUUUCCAUCCCAUGAACAUGUCGGCAAUGAGGCAAAAAUACCGACAAUUAUAUACUACGACAAAGAAGGGAACGUUCGGGCCGUCGGUGCUGAAGCACUCAAGCAGAACAUCGUCGAACAAGCCGAAGAGGAAGGCUGGGUGAAGUAUUCAGAGUUCAAACUCCAUCUCCGGAACAUUGUUGAACAAGUGAAAGAGGAAGAUGGGAAGAAAUAUCUGAACAAACUCCGUCCCCAAGUCAUCGACUCCCCACAAAUCAAGACCAAGCUUCCCUCAUUCAAAGCUCUGACUCAGGUCUUCGCAGACUUCUACGCGUAUCUCUUCCAAUGCACAAAAACCUUUAUUCUCGAAACACACCAAAGUGCUCAAGUCUUCUGGAGCUCGGUAGUAGAUAAUAUUGAGUUUGUUCUCUCGCACCCUAAUGGAUGGCAAGGCGCAGAGCAAGCAAAAAUGCGACAGGCCAUGAUCGACGCGAGGCUUGUGCCGAAUAGUGAUGAGGGGCACACGAGAGUAAGGUUUGUCACUGAAGGGGAGGCUAGCCUGCAUUUCUGCAUCCGCCAUGGGCUUGCGUCGCACAUCAAGGAUGACGAGGCUGUUAUAAUCAUCGACGCUGGAGGAGGCACCGUCGAUAUCAAUGCCUACACUAGUGUGCCUUCGACAGCUGACGGUGUUCGAUCCUUCGAAGAAGUCGCACUUCCCCAAUGCCAUUUUUCAGGGUCAUUAUUUGUUACUCGACGUGCUCAUGCAUUCAUCGAAGAUAAAUUGAAAGGUACAUCAUUCGCCGGAGAAGUCGCGAACAUCAUCGAAUGCUUUGACAAGUCUACGAAGCUUCGGUUUAGGAAUUCGGACGAGCCUGCCUACAUCAAAUUCGGAUCGAUGAAAGACAAGGACCUCGUGUUGAAUAUUCGGGCUGGACAGUUGAAGUUGGCUGGGACUGACGUUGCAGGCUUCUUUGAGCCUUCUAUAAAGUCCAUCAUCGACAUCGUUCACCAGCAACGUUGCACAUCGCGGAAGACAGUUACCACUGUCUUUCUGGUUGGUGGCUUCGCCGCCAGCGACUAUCUGUUUCUCAAGCUCCAAGAGUGUUUGAAGCCACUUGGAAUAGCCUUCUAUCGUCCUGAUGGUCAUGUGAACAAAGCGGUUCCAGACGGCGCAAUGUCCUUCUAUGUUGAUCGCGCCGUCUCUAUGCGAAUUUCCCAGUUUAGCUACGGUGUACGCACAACCGACGUGUUCAAUCCGAAAGAUCCUCAGCAUCAGAAACGUAAGGAUAAGGUGUAUACGAAUGAUACAGGAGCUCUCGUGUUAGAAGACCGAUAUGUGGAAAUCCUGGGCAAGAAUGUUCGUCUGGCCGAAGGCACGGAAUUCCGCACUAGUUUUUACUGGACUGGUAAAAGCUUAUCGACAUUGACAUCACUUUCAAUCGACAUCUUGUCUUAUCGUGGUGCACUUAAGCAUCCUCGUUGGACAGAUGUCGGAAAAAGCAAGUAUGAAGUUUUGUGUCAUAUCACAGCGAAUACACAUGAGGCGGCAAAGCUUUUGAAACUUCGCAAGAGACCCGAUGGAAAGACCUACUUUAAGCUAGAGUGCGAAAUCAUUCUGUCGUUCAGAGAUACCGAGAUGAAAGCUCAGUUUUGCUGGACGGAAAACGGCGUAGAAAAGCGCGGUCCAGCUCGAAUUGUAUAUGACUAAGCUUUCAAAACGCACUCCCCUACUGGACACCUAAAUGUACAGUGUACUUGCUUACAAUUACUAUGAUUCAAUGAAUACCUCGGAAUUGUGUAGAUUGAGCAUUCACAAAAUUCCGUUC